AUGAGCGCCGCCGCCGCCUCCGACUGGUCCAGCCUUCUGCCAGAGCUCCUCGAGGAGAUCUCACGGCGCGUAGGCGACGUGAAACGCGACAGCGAUGCGUUCGCCGCCGUCUGCAGACCGUGGCGCCGCGCGUCGAGCGCCACCGGCGCUCGGCUCAACCGCCACGCCCUGCACCUCGUGUCCCUGUGCUCCGGCGCCACCGCCGUCGACUUCUCCGACCGCGCCGGCGAGGUCAAGAAGACGGUCUACCUUGGGAGCGACGCCGGCGGCGCGCGGCCCCACCGCGUCAUCGGCUGCUCCCGGGGCUGGCUCGUCGUCGUCGACAGGGCGUGCGGCGCGUCGCUCCUCGAGCCCGUAGCUGACGGCAGGCGGCUCCCGCUGCCGGACGUCACGUCGUUCGACUGCGGGUUCCUCAGGCCCUUGCUCGCCGACGACCACGGCGGAGCAGGCGCGUGUUUCUCCGUGGACAAUCACGCGUAUCGCUCGCACAUCCGGGGCCCUAACAAGAAGAUCCGGCCGUCGCCUCCCGAGACGGUGCCGAUCCAGGCCAUGCAAGACGAGUUCUUCCACAAGGCCGCGCUCGCCGUCUCGGGAGGAGACCGGCGGGAGAGUUUCACUGUGAUGGUGAUCCACAGCGGCGGCUCCGGGCUGGCGUUCGCAAGGCCCGGCGACAAGUGCUGGACGUCGCUCCGCACGUCGCCGUCCACGCGGUACCAGGACAUCAUCCACCACGACGGCGCCUUCUACACAAUCACCCGCGGAGACGGGUCUAUCGAGGCCUGGGAGCCGCCGGCGAACGGCGACCGCCGCACCCUGAAGCCGCGCCUCGUGACGGGGCCGGUCAUGACGUGGGAGUUCAAGCGGUGCGUGGAGUUCCACACCGAGACGUUCCGGCAGCAGGCCUACUACGAGGGCGCCAGGUACCUCGCCGAGCGCGACGACGGCGGCCUUAUCGUGGUGAGCACGGUGGCCAUCUUCACCGACGGCAACGCCCUGCGGACGCGGCGCUUCAAGGUGUUCGCCGUCGACGAGCGCGAGGACAGGUGGCGCGAGCUGCAGGACAUCGGCGACGACGUGGCGCUGCUGGUGGGGAUCAACCACGGGAGGCGCGUGUCGACGCGGGAGUACCAGUGCAUGGAGCCCGGCCGCAUCUACUACGUGCUCAAGUCGUUCGCGCCCGAGUUCGACGCCAUGGAUGAGGACAGAGACGACGUGGAGGAAUGCUCCAGGUACGAGAGCGGGGUGCACGAGCUCCGGACCGGCGUCGCCUCCAGGAAAGCCGUCUUCAGGCAUGCCGCCGGCGGUCACCCUGUUUGGUUCGUGCCUCCAGUUCCUGCUGCUCCCCGCAGGUGA